GAAACUUCACCUUAAUUUUCGCAGAUUUUUGUGUUUAAUUUUGUGAAUAAUGAAGGAAUUCGACGAUAUUAAUUUUAGCGUUGACAAAUAUACAAAGGAACUGACACGGGAAUGUGUAGGUGGGAGUGAUUUACAACAACGCAAGAAGGAAAUAGAGGCGUACAAUGAACAGACGUCGGCAACUCUCAAGCAAACCUGCAAAAAGAACUAUAUGCAGUUCAUACAGACAGCUAAGGAGAUAUCACAUCUGGAGUCGGAAAUGUAUCAGCUGUCGCAUAUUCUUAUCGAGCAACGUAACAUUUUGGCCACCAUGACAGAUGGCAAGGCGAGCAGUCACUUAAAGGCGGACAGCAUUGAGGCGGAGACGGGAAGUGCAGUUACUGAGGAUGUGGAGAACAGUCAUGCGACAAGAGCUGUCAAGGAAAUGGUGCAGGGAUUUAAUGGCAAUCUCGAGGGCAAGACAUUCCUCAAUGAGGGAGCCCUUAUCGAGCUGGAUGGCAAUGACUACCGUCCAAUACAGCGUGUCUUUUUCUUUCUCUUUAACGAUGUGCUCAUUGUGUGCAAAGUCAAGCAUGAUAAACGCCUGGAGUUUCUCACGGAAUACGAUCCCAAGAAGAUAGCUGUGAUAAACAUUAAGGAUUUGGAUGGCGUCAAGAAUGCCAUUAACAUCAUAACGCCGGACGGUUCCAAGAUUUAUCAGAGCAUAACAGCUGCUGGAAAAAGUGAGUGGAUUGAAAAGUUGGAAGAAGCGUUUCGCUUCGAUCAACAAAAGAAAACAAAGAAGGGACAAGCUCCACAGCCACCAGGAAGAGCCAAACAGCAACAACAACAGACCCCAUCGAAAGGUGCUACGCCUGAGAAGGUGCCGGCACAGAGUCCCAGUGACGCACAGCCUAAAUCACUCGAGGAUGAAACACCCGAGUGGCUGAGCACUGCCAGUGAGGAACUUCAAACAUUGGUGGCACAACGUCACUUCGAGGACGCCCAAUUGCAGAUUAAGCGUACCCAGGAUUACCUUCGCCUUGCCGAGAACAAAAAGAGGUUGCCUUUGAUAGAAGCGAUUGAGAGCAAAGUGAAACUGCAGGAACAAAAGCUAACCAAUGUGCUUAUCCAAGAACUUUCCAACAGUCACCAUCGCAAUUUACAGAUUGCACUACGCGCCGCUCAACGACCACUCAAGAUACUUGUGGAAAUGGGUCGCUCCCGACAGGCUAGUGCCACCUUGCUCAAGGUGUGCACGGUUAGCCUGCGCGUGGCACAACGUGAGGCCCGCCGGAACAAUGCUGAAAUCUCGGAGCUAUUCUUUUGCGAUCUUGCCCAGGUGGCAUGCGAUUUUCUCAGUGCCUUUGAACAGCAGCCGGCAUGCGUCAGUGCCCUCGUCGUGUGGUGCAAUGCAGAGUUGCAGUACUUUGCCAGCCAGCUGAUUAAACACUAUCUGACGAAAGGCACAUCUUUGGAGUCUGUGGCCAAGUGCGUAGAGCGCGUGCGCAAACCCGCGACUAAGCUAACCGAGAUUGGUCUGGACAUAAGCUACCAUUUGGAGGGUCUGCUGCGCACAACGCUGGAGGCAUUAAUUGAAGAGUCCAAGCAGCGUCUGCUGGACGCAGUGGGACGUACCGAGGAGAGCUGGCAGCCGUAUAAUCUGCAAACUAAAUCGAAUUUAAAGCGACUUCUGCACGAACUAGACUCAUUGGGCAUUGAUAUGCGCGUCCAGACCACGGGCGAUACUUGGCUGAAUCUGACACAAUCGACGCUAGUCUUUGUUAGACAAUUUCUCCAACUGACCGAGUACUGCGGCUGUCUGGCCAAAGGUGAAGCGCUGAUGCAGAGUCUGGAACAGCUGCUGCGGGAUCUCUUUUUGGCACAGCAUGCUCUGAAGCCACCCAGCGACAUGGCCGUAGAUCCCAACUUUGUGAUGAAGAACAAAAUCUUUCUGGUGGACAAUCUUCUGCCCAUUGCCAUCGAUAAGUUCCGUCAGAUAUCGGGUCGUCAGUGCGAGGCUCUUCGCGAACUGCAUACGAAGCUAACGCGACAACAGGGCGCUCCAGUUCCUCGACAGCGCAGUGUCUAUACGACAGAUGUGUUUUAGAUAAACAUAAUGUACUUUGAUUACA